UCCACAAAAAAGAAAAAGUUAAGAAAAAAAGAAAAGUCAUGUGCUACACCCAAACCUUUUUAGCCAUCAUCAUACUCAUUUGCUCCCUCCUCCUCAUUUUCCUCCCUUCCAAAAACCUCCCAUGGAAUUGGCCGCUCAUGAAGCUGCUGCCGACGGCGUACCUCAAAAGCCACGAACUAUACGACAUGGUCACGCAAGUCCUAGCCGAAAACAACGGCACAAUCCUAUGCAAAACCUCGUGGUACACGAACGUCGACACCUUGGUGACUAGCGACCCACGCAACGUGCAACAUGUCUUGAACUCGAGAUCCUCGAUCUAUCAGAGAGGAACUGAGUUCCGGAAGGUGUUCGAUUUCCUUGGAGACGCGGUGUACAUGAAGGACGUGAAGGAGUGGAAGGAAGACAAGAAAGUGACUCAUGGAUUCUUCAAGGAGAGCGGAUUCCAAACCACCACGCCGAAGAUCAUCCGCCACACCCUCGAGAGGGGCCUCGUCCCGAUCCUCCACCACGCGUCCAUGUCGAGAGGGGUUCUCGAUUUGCAGGAGGUGUUCAACAGGUACAUGAUCGACGCGACGUGCUUGAUGGCCACCGGGUUCGACAUGGCGUCGCUCAGGUUAGGGUUUCCGGCAUGCCCCCUCCAGGAGGCCAUGGACGACUUGGCCCACGCCGUCUUCUGGCGAAACCUCCUCCCCGAGAGGCUCUGGAAGCUGCAGAACCUUCUCGGGGUCGGGACGGAGAGAAAGACGGCGCGGGCGUGCAGCGAUCUCUACCAGAUUAUGGACGAUUUCAUGUCCAGGAAGAAGGAGGUUCUAAGUGGAGGCGGUUUCGACGUGCUCGAGUAUUACAUUCAUAAGAAGGAAUCCCCUAUGGCUAAAAAUGAGUUCAUAAUUGCCAACAUCGUGACCAUUUUUUUUGCAGCAAGAGACACGUCCGCUGCUAUCCUCACGUGGUUCUUCUACCUCAUUUCUGAAAACCCUAGAGUGAAGAAGGCGAUUUUGGAGGAAAUCGAGUGGUUUUCUCCGGCGAAAGAGCACCUGUUUUCCGAUGUGGAGGAUUUGAGCAAACUAGUUUAUCUCCAUUGUGCCCUUAGUGAGAGCUUGAGGCUUUUCCCACCUGCGUCAGUGCUUAUGAGGGAGCCGACAGAGGAGGAUGUGCUGCCAAGCGGGCACCGGGUGGGUAAGUCGACGAGGAUAGUGAUGUGCUCGUACGCGAUGGGGAGGGAGACGGAGAUAUGGGGAGAGGACUGCGGCGAGUUUAUGCCGGAGAGGUGGAUGUGCAAGGGAGGAGGGGUGAAGCAUGUGGCCUCGCACAACUUUCUUGCGUUCGGGUCGGGCCCCUGGGCUUGUCCGGGCCGGGAGUUGGCCUUCGCGAGGAUGAAAGCUGUUGCGGCCACCAUUCUGCACAACUUUGAUGUUGAGGUUUUAGAGGGGCAGAGCGUUAGCCCCAGUGUUUCUGCUUUUCUUACUGUCAAAAAUGGUUUGAAGGCUUCGGUUUCUAGCAGGUGGCUCUAAUCCGAGAUCAUCUUGUUUUACUUAUUUCAAGGAGGAACGAGUUUCUACUCGAUCUUCU